CCUCCUUGCCUCGCUCGCUCCAUCGUCAGGCUGCAACUUCCGGCGCCUCGCGCUCGGCCAGUCUCUCCACCGGCACCAUCGGCGGCGUGUCAGGGCGGGCUGAUGUCAACUUUGUAGCGCCGCCACCAACCUACACCACCCACCACCCCAUAUGCUUCUACCCGACGUGUAAAACGACAGCGAGGAGGUGGAGGAGGAGGAGAAGGAGGAGCGGUGGAGCCCAGGCGAUGCAUCUGCACACGCGCCGUUGCUGAGGGAAGGAAGAAGGGAGCUACCGUAAGCUCACGUUUGGCCAUCCGGCUAUUAAAAACAACACCGGCAAAGAAGACGCGGGGGAGGAAAACAACGACAAGGUGAAGGGGGUGGGGGGGGGACACCGUCCUCGCACUCGGGAAGGCAAGAGAGAUGCAGCCCGCCAGCAGGCUCCUCACGCUGGUCCUCGUCGUCGUCAUGGGCACGGAACUCACACAAGUGCUGCCGGCAAACCCGGAGGAGUCGUGGCAGGUUUACAGUUCGGGCCAGGACGGCGACGGUAGGUGCGUCUGCACCGUGGUGGCGCCCCAACAAUCCAUGUGCUCCAGGGACGCUCGCACUAAACAACUGAGGCAGCUACUGGAGAAGGUCCAGAACAUGACCCAGUCCAUCCAGGUUCUGGACCAAAGAACCCAGAGGGAGCUCUUAUACGUGGAGAAGAUGGAGGUGCAGCUCCGUGGCUUGCAGACCAAGUUCAGGCAGGUGGAGGAGAACCACAUGCAGAACAUCGCCAAGCAAUACAAGGCCAUAAAGGCGAAAAUGGAGGAGCUUAGGCCGUUGAUACCCGUGUUGGUGGAGUACAAGGCCGAUGCCAAAUUGGUAUUGCAGUUUAAGGAGGAGGUCCAGAAUCUGACGUCAGUGCUAAGCGGGCUGCAGGAGGAGAUGGGGGCCUAUGACUACGAGGAUCUCCACAGCCGAGUGUCAAAUCUCGAGGAGAGGCUUCGAGCGUGCAUGCAAAAAUUGGCGUGCGGCAAACUGACGGGCAUCAGCGACCCCAUCACCAUCAAGACGUCCGGGUCUAGGUUCGGCUCCUGGAUGACGGAUCCCCUGGCGCCUGAAGGAGACACACGGGUCUGGUACAUGGACGGUUACCACAACAACCGCUUUGUGCGCGAGUACAAGUCCCUGCAGGACUUCAUGACAACAGACAACUUCACCUCGCACCGACUUCCUCACCCGUGGUCUGGAACGGGCCAGGUGGUCUACAACGGCUCCAUCUACUUCAACAAGUUCCAGAGCCACGUCAUCAUCAAGUUUGACUUCCGCACGUCGGCCAUCAGCAAGUCCCGGCAACUGGACUACGCCGGCUUCAACAACGCCUACCACUACGCCUGGGGCGGUCACUCCGACAUCGACCUGAUGGUGGACGAGGGCGGACUGUGGGCCGUCUACGCCACCAACCAGAACGCCGGCAACAUCGUUAUCAGCAAGCUGAACCCCAACACGCUGCAGAUCGUCAAGAGCUGGACCACCAACCACCCCAAACGGAGCGCCGGCGAGUCCUUCAUGAUCUGCGGCACGCUCUACGUCACCAACGGCUACUCGGGAGGCACCAAGGUCUACUACGCCUUCUCCACCAACUCCUCCACGUACGAGUACAUGGACAUCGCUUUCCAGAACAAGUACUCGCACAUCUCCAUGCUGGAUUACAACCCGCGGGACCGCGCCCUCUACGCUUGGAACAACGGCCACCAGGUGCUUUACAACGUCACGCUGUUCCACGUCAUCCGCUCGGAGGAACUGUAGUCGCGCUACGACGGCGAGAUUAGAUCUGCGAAAGACUGAAUGUACACGUAGAGACUUUGAGGAGCGAGGCGGGGAAAAAAAAAAAAAUCUAAAUAUCAGAUCAUUAGAUUUAACAAAAACAAUAUGGAGAAUUUUGUAUGUUUAAAAAAAAAAGAUUGUACUAUGACUAUCCUAGUUAGGCAAUAGUUGACGUUAUUUUCUAGUUGCCAUCCUUUGGAAUGAAAUACUUUGAUUGUUUACUGCGUAGAGAAUGAUUGUGAAAGUAGACUCCAUCUAUAUCGAUCUAUAUAUGUACUCUAUAUCAGAUUUAAAAUAAUACAAGAGACAGAUGCCAAAAAGAAAACCAUGCCUUUUUUAUGUCAUUGACUCGCAUUCAUUCCAAUGGCUGAUUAUUCUGCAGUAAUCAAACAGUCCUGAAACAAAGACUAUUCUUGCUAAGCCAAAAAAUAGAUAUAUAAUACAAAUAAAUCAAAGCAAAUAAAAUAAAAAAUAUAAUUAAUCAACGCAAACAGUUGGGUUUGCAAUGGACACACUCCUCCAAGGACUCGACAGUACAUCGUGUGGUAUCGUUUUCAUCGAGUAUCGUAGCAAAUAAAGUCCGCCGAGGACAGCAACAAUAAUGACCGAAGGCCCCGACUGUUGCUGGGCUCUCUCGCCGAAGCUCAUUUAACUUGUGUCGCUGACUACUAUUUGUGCAAAAAAAAAAAAAAAACGCUUUCUUUGCAUGAGUGUUUUCUACUGCUAC